AUGGAGGAACGCGUUUACGGCAUUACGCCACCCAUCUCGACUGCUCUGCCAACGGAGCAAGAGAAACGGCUGAACAACGCGCUGCACCAAGAGCUGCGCGCUCAGGGCACCUUCGAAAGCCCUGCCGAAACUGAGAAGAGAAAGGAGGUUCUCAUCCAGCUUGAGAAGAUUACGAAUGUUUUUGUGCAGAGGGCUGCGCAAGAGAAGGAGCCCAAAAAUACCAUCCUGAUUCGCGAUGCAAUCGGGAGAGUUUUCACAUAUGGCAGCUACCGUCUCGGCGUCUACGGACCCGGCUCCGACAUGGAUACCCUCGUCGUCGCGCCGAAAUAUGUCACGGUUGAGCAGUACUUCAACAUCUUCCCCAAAGUCCUUGUCGAGAUGGCUCCGCCUGGUGCCAUAACCGACCUCACUCCGGUACCCGAGGCCUUUGUGCCCAUCAUCAAGUUCGAGUUUUCAGGAAUCAGCAUCGAUCUCAUCUUUUGCUCCAUCCAAACACUGAAGCAGCUACCGGCCGAGAAGAACUGGAGCUUGGCUGAUAACAACCUCCUCCGCGGCCUGAGCGAGAACGAGGUGCGCUCGUUGAACGGGACGAGAGUGACGGACGAGAUCCUGAACCUUGUCCCCGAGCCGGCCACCUUCAGACUCGCGCUCCGGGCGAUCAAGCUCUGGGCGCAGCGCAAGGCCAUCUACGCCAACAUCAUGGGUUACCCUGGCGGUGUGGCGUGGGCAAUGCUCGUCGCGCGGGUUUGCCAGCUCUACCCCAAGGCAACGAGCGCCGUGAUAGUCAACAAGUUCUUCAACAUCAUGCUCAAGUGGCCCUGGCCGCUCCCCGUUCUCCUCAAGGAAAUUGAGUACGGUUGUCCCGUCACAAGAGUCCCGGUGUGGAAUCCCAAGCUCUCCCACAGUGAUAGAAAUCACAGGAUGCCCAUCAUCACGCCGUCCUACCCAUCCAUGUGCGCAACACACAACGUUGGCAGAUCUUCGAUGGCUGUGAUCCAGCAAGAGCUCGAGAAGGGAGCGCAGGUAACAGACGAAAUCAUGAUUGGCAGGCGACCGUGGAAAGAUCUCUUCACAAAGCACACCUUUUUCACUUCAGGGUUCAGAUACUACCUUACAGUCAUUGCGUCGAGCAGGACAAAGAAGGCACAGAAUGCCUGGUCCGGAUUCGUCGAAUCGAGGGUGCGCGUGCUGGUCAACAAGCUUGAGAUGCAUCCGAGCAUUGCCUUGGCGCGCCCGUUCAACAAGGGCUACGACAGGAUGCACCGGUGCAAAAGCAAUGCCGAAGUGGAGGAGGUGGUAUCUGCGGGAAGCCUCGCUUAUCUAUAUAACCCGCCCGCCGAUGGAGAAGCAGGGAGUAAGACCGAAAUCAAGACCGAGACCAUGAGUGAGGAUGGCGUGCCGGUGAAGCAGGAGAAUUCGGCAGGGGAGGCUGAACACGGCAUGCCCAUUAAGCAAGAGCACUCCGACGACGCGUUACCCGCCCCACCACCGAACAUCAAGCCCGAGCCCGCCGACGGUGCCGACGUCGACGUCAAACUUGAGGAUAUCCCCGAAAAGAAAGAUGAGCCCGAGUACAUGGAGAUUUACACCACUAACCACUACAUCGGGCUACAGUUGGUUGACGGCGCCAAGUCGCUCGACCUGUCGCGCGAAGUCAACGACUGGAAGGCCAUGUGCAUGUCGAAUGAUCUCUUCAAGGAAGGGCUCAUGUUCCUGUCGAUCCAACACGUCAAGAACACGGCGCUACCCGACGAUGUGUUUGAACCCGGCGAGACGAAGCCCCGGCCCGCUAAGAAGAGCCUCAAGCGAGUCGCAUCCGAGGAGCCCGGAAGUAAGCAGCAACCUCCGGCCAAGAGGCAGGUCCAGGGUAAGACCCCAGGUCCGCAGCUCCAGCGGCAACAACAGCCCACUUCGACGACGGCCGCGGCGGCUGGUUAG